AUGUUUGUAGAGUCGUUCAUAGUCCAGCACGAUGUCAAAGAGAUACUCAUGCCUAGGAGGAUCUUAUAUCGCGAAACGAGCAAGGGAAGCUAUCCCGCAGCACUCCACGACUUGGCUUUCAAGGCCAAUGAUAAAGCAAAGAAACAGUUCACUCUGCCCGCUGCUCGCGGCCUACAAUGCCACGAUGUGGCCCGCCCAUGGCUGGAUCUUGAGAGUUGGGUUUUGACGGAUUUGAAUAUUUCAAUUAAGGACAUGAAAUUCUGCACAGGAGUAGGGGGAGUCAAUGAUUGUCCUGUUAAUCAUAUUGAUAACUUUUUUGAGAACUGUGACACUUUUAAGAUUAAUAAUGUCAGUGAUGAUGCAAUUAGACUUCGCCUUUUUCCUUUUUCUCUGAGGGAUAAGGCAAAGGAGUGGUUAAAAGAUGAAGGCAUUAGUACUUUUGAUUCAUGGGAUAAGCUAGUAAAGGCCUUUUUGGCCAAGUUCUUGGGUCAAGAGAAAACUGCAAGGCUAAGGACCGAGUUAAGCACUCUUUGUCAACUAGAUGAUGAGUCAUUGAUUUACAUUGACACUGCGUCGGGUGGUAAUUUUGUUGAAAAGGUCCCUACUGAGGCUAAGGCAUUACUUGAGAAGAUGGCUGCUAAUGAUAAGUUUCACUCAAGUGGGAGAAACAGUGCAAAGAAAGGGGGUAAACAUGACGUUGAUGCAAUGACUCUCUUGACUAGUACUGUGCAGGCUUUGUCACUUAAGGGACAUACUGCAAGUGAGUGUCAAUAUGUUAAGAUGUUAAUGGAGCAAGCUAACGCUCUCUAUAACAACAACCAGCAAAGGAGACCCUAUUAUCCCUACUCCAACACUUACAAUGAAGGUUGGAAACAAAACCCAACAUUCUCUUACAAGAACACUCAAAAUCAGUUGAACCCACCUUACCACCACCACCUCGCAACAACUUCAAUCAUCCUCCAGGGUCAAGUUAAUGUUGUAACUUUGAGGAAUAGUAGAGAGCUAGAAGACCUUCCACCGAAGGUAGUUCAAAAGAAAGCAGUUGCAGUAGAGAAAGAGAUGGUUGAAGCUGAGAAGAUGAUAAAAAAAGAGAAAAUUGAAGAGAAGAAAGAGCCUAUUGUCAUUAAACCUUACAAGCCACAUUUACCUUUCCCACAACGAUUGGCACAGGCAAAGCUAGAAAAGAAGUAUGGAAAAUUUCUAGACAUCCUAAAGAAGUUGCAAAUCAACAUCCUAUUCUUGGACGCAAUCUCAAAGAUGCCCUCCGAUGCUAAAUUCCUAAAGGACAUGCUCUCUAACAAGAGGAAAAUCGAAGAGAAUGCAACGGUCUCACUGGCAGCUGAAUGCAGUGCUAUAUUGCAAAACAAGCUUCUAAAGAAGCUAGGAGAUCUAGGGAGCUAUUCCAUUCCAGUCAAGCUAGGUGACAUCGAAAUAAAGAAGGCUUUAUGUGAUCUAGGGGCAAGUGUCAGUCUUAUGCCCCUAUCAAUUUGCAAGAAACUUCAGAUGGGUGAAUUAAAACCCACGCGCAUCUCCCUACAGUUGGCAGACAUAUCGGUGAAAUUUCCUUUGGGUAUUCUUGAGGAUGUGCCAUUUAGAGUUAGAAAAUUCUUCAUCCCUUGUGAUUUUGUGGUUAUGGAGAUGGAAGAAGAUGCGCAAGUCCCUAUCAUUCUAGGGAGACCCUUCUUGGCCAUUGCUGAGGCCAUCAUUGACAUGAAGAAUGGGAAAAAUCACCUUUGA